CUCGAUAAGGUGUAUAACAAGUAUCUGGCGGACACAGAGAAAUAAUCUAGGCUAAAGGAGGAGGAGGAGAGAGCUAGGAUGAUCAAAGAAGAGGAACAGAGGAAGGAGGAGUGGAGGAAGGAGCGUGAGAGGUUGGAAUCAGAAAUGGCGGCAAGGAUCGAUAAAAGAAUGGAGGCGGUGUGCCAGUCGGUCAAGGUCAACCGAAAGACCGAGGGGGAAUGUAGCACGAAGGGCGAGGACGAGAUUACCAGGCUAAAGCGGAAGAACGAAGAGCUUAAGCGGGCGCUGCGGGGGGAUUCAGAUGAUGGGAAGUUAAGAAGCAGGAGUUGGGCUGGGCUUAAGAAACAGUUGGAGGAUCUUCGUAUCGAGGUGCGUCAAUGGAAGGAUGAGGCGCUACGGCCAGGGAACAAGCGAGGCAGUAUUGCGAUGCCUACUCCGGAUACCAAUGUGCGUGCGUUACCUAGGCCGCGUCGAACGGGCGAUAAGGAGCAAGAAAACUGGAGAUCGGAAUAUAGGAAGCUGCAAAGCCUGCGCAGGGCGGAUUUCGUGGAGGUAGAAGCACUUAAGAAAAAGAAGGCGCAAGCUGAGAUGGAGGUCAUCAAUCUGCAGAAGCAGAUGAGUGAGCUGAAUGCUAACGAAGCGGGAAGGGACAAGAUGUCGGGAGGGACGAAUCUGAAGGAGUGAUUGGAGGUUGUGGCGCUUGGGACGGCCCGAAAAGGGAAGAAGGCCACUCUGAAUCGGGAACGUCGUCAGAAAGGGCCCAAGCAUGGAUGUAACGAUUGAGCUGCGUUUGUUGAGGAGCAAACCAAGUUUCUGAAGAUGCUGAGAAAGUCUGCGUUGGAACAAAUUUGCAAGGAGGCG